AUGUAUACUUGGCGCUGUACAACUACCAAGGGUUUUCUACUGCGUGGAUUUUCACUUUGUACAUACAGCGAUUUGCUUUAUCACUGGGCCAUCGGCGCUUCACCGGGACAACCUUAUACUUGGACUACACGGGUCCUCCUUUUCCUUUAUUUUUGUUUAUCUCUCUUCGUCUGCAGCAACGAUUUUCCUUUCUCAUGA